AUGUCUUCGUUCACUCAGCCGAUUCCAGUAGUCGCCUGCGGCCGAAGAACCGCAGUCGGAAAAUCAGUCUCCCAGCACCUGCUGCCUGAAUAUGAAGUCAUCCAUUUCAUCCAGUCGGAUGAGGCCGCUGAGGCUGAGCUCCCGCAUCUGCUUGCGGGUCGCGAUCCCCAGUCUCAGAACCCCAACGAGGUCGGAACCCACGAUUACAGCCGGCCUCCUCGCGCGGUGAUCUUCGGUCGCGGCUAUGAGCCUCAGCAGGUUGAAGAGCUUAAGAAGAAGUUCGCUGGUGUUGCUAAAGAACCCGUUGCUUGGGUGAGGGGCAACCCGGCGGAUGUGCCUGCCGGAGGCCCUGGGCCUGAUUAUACUCAGAAGGUCGCGGCGGAUAUGAAGAAGGUGCUUAGUAAAUGGAGGGAUGCGGGAGCCAAAGAUGAGGAGAUCUUGGUGUACUAG